AUGGGGAAGCCAUCACCUACCACCCAAGUCCUGGCGUUGGUAUGCCUUGUCGCCAUCUUAUCGACGCAGGUUGCAGCUUUCAACACCUUUACGACGCUGCUACACGCCGGAGAGGAGCAAUGUUUCAAAGAAGUGCUAAAAACAAAGGAUAGAGUGGACUUGUCCUAUGAGAUAACGGACGGUGGGAAUCUGGACGUUGACUUUGUGGUUUUUGCACCCGGCAAUCGUCCGCUGCAAUCACACAACGCAGGGAGCUUCUUCACUUGGGGUUUCAAUGCUGAGGAGGAUGGCACAUACACCUACUGCUUCAAUAACAAGAGGUCAUCAUUCGCGGACAAACGGAUCUUAUUCACGGUGGUGGGGCCUGAUGAGAAGUGGAAGAUUGAGGAGAAGGAGAUGAAGAUGAGUCUUGAAGACGACCCAACGGAAUCCCUCCAAAGCGAGAUUAGGGUGUUGGACGCGGGGAUCAGGGCCAUCAGGGAAGAGCACGCUUUCUUAAAAUCAAGGGAACGCCGGCACAGGAUGACUGCGGAUAGCACGAAUAGUCGUGUCUUGUACUGGUCGCUCGUACAAGCUCUGGCACUCGUGGGAGUCGUGUACUUCCAGAUCAACUACCUGAAGAGGUUCUUUGAGAUGAGAAGCGGCCGAUCAAUCUAGUCCCGUCUGUUCCUGCAGUAUACUGACCAUAUGAUGUCUGUGCAUGCCACUUUUUCACUCCAUCCCUACGCGCUAAUCCACUAUCUACUUGUUGCAUACCGUCAAAUGGAUGGACGGUCUUUGGCCCUCCUUUGGCUAUACAUAGACAAUCUCUAUCGAAUCUAAGUUACCCACACGGAAAACUGACGCCUGGAAUGUAGUCGAAACCUAGUCAUCUUUGGCCGUAGGG